AUGUACACGAUCAAGGCGAGAAUUGUUGAAAAACCCAAGGCCACUCCUCAGGAUAUCCUAACACUACUGCCGACUCAAGGUCCUAUCGGGAUUAGUAUUGAUAUGGAUGAGAAGUUCAGCCUACUUGAGGACAACGGAAUCCACAUCGUGCAAGAACCAAAAGAAGGGAUGAAAAGGCACGCUUUGAUCAUCGUUGGUCAUGGGAGGACAAAGAAUAACCAGCUGUUUUUCAUUGUUCAAAACACGUGGGGUACUAGCUGGUGUAACAAUGGAUAUGCAAGGGUCAUCAUCGAAAAGACAUGCCCUAUCUUUUACGUUGAAGCUUUGCUAGCGUAGUUCUGAUUGUGAUCGUUUCUUUCGUUAUCUUGGU